GUGGAGUCUAGAAUUAUACCCAAAAGUGGUAACACUAGCAGUGAUACCCACAUGCAUCAUGUGUGGCUUUAAACUUGCAAAAAGUUUAGGAAGUAAAAUCAAAUACACAAUUGUAUUGAUAAUGGUAUCAAGCAUGUGCCUGGAUCCCCGGAUGACAAAAGGCACCACCUCAACAGAUGAGUGUCAGGUUACACCAGUCAUCCAUGUCUUGCAAUACCCAGGAUGUGUACCAAAACCAAUACCGAGUUUUGCGUGCAUCGGCCGUUGUGCAUCAUAUUUACAAGUGAGUGGCAGCAAAAUCUGGCAAAUGGAGCGUUCGUGCAUGUGCUGCCAGGAAUCGGGCGAACGGGAGGCCUCCGUUUCUCUUUUCUGCCCGAAAGCCAAGCCUGGAGAGAAGAAAUUCAGAAAGGUAUCAACAAAAGCACCGCUGGAGUGUAUGUGCCGUCCGUGCACUGGAGUUGAAGAGAGUGCUGUGAUUCCGCAAGAAAUCGCCGGGUAUGCUGAUGAAGGUCCGCUGUCGAAUCAUUUUCUUAAAUCGCACGCCCAAUAAUUUCGCAGGUGGUAUUCUUAGUUAUUUUAUGUGUUACAACAAAAAUGUGUUCAUGUUCUAGUCCCAAAUUACCAAAAUAAACAAUUCUCUAUGCUGCAAA